AUGGACAACCGGCCCACUUCCGAGUACGCACAGCCAGGUUCGCACCACCACCCGCCUACCGACGCACCUUCUGAACAAAAACCCGCAGACCCAACUGCUGCUGCUGCUCACUACACCCCGCAACCCGAAGUCCGUCCGACUCCUCAGUACACUCCCCAGCCUGAGGUUCGGCCCAACAUCUCCUCCUCAAACACCCCUCAAUCAGACUACAGUCUGAACCCUCCGCCCACCGCCCGCUCGCCUGCAUACCAGGACUACCUUCACCGUCCCUCCUACGCUCCCAACUCCCAACCCGGUGGUGGCGCAGGUAUGGCUCAAGCAACAAGUCCGUUCCACCUGCCUACGGGCCCGCGCAGUCCUCUUCUCAAGUCUGACGCGCCCGUUCCUUUAGAUCCUUCUCUUCCGGCAAACAGCCCCACCUACCCUCCUCCCUACUCUCCUUACCAACCUCAGGGGCAUGAGAUGGCUCAGUAUCAGGGCCACCCUCCUCCACCCCAGCACAUGUACGCGCGCCCGGAUUGGCCACACAGCUAUGGACAGCAGCACCAUUUACCCGGUCCCUACGCCUCUCCGGCUACAACGGUUGGUUCCGCCUCCCCUUCCGCGACUGCCGAGUCGCGUCCUGGACAGGUUUACUCAUUUGUCCCAAUCCCGGGCUCAGCGCAACACAAGCGCCCACGUCGUCGCUAUGAGGAAAUUGAGCGCAUGUACAAGUGUGGUUGGCAGGGUUGCGAAAAGGCGUAUGGUACUCUGAACCACUUGAAUGCACACGUGACCAUGCAAUCGCACGGUGCGAAGCGUACUCCCGAUGAGUUCAAGGAAAUUCGCAAGGAAUGGAAAGCUCGCAAGAAGGAAGAAGAGGCCCAGCGCAAGGCUGUCGAGGAGCGUGAGCGUGCCGCCGCUCAGGCCGUCCAGGCCAACCAGGUCGAAGCUCCCAAUCCCUCCGACCCUUCUCAUGGACAACCACCUGCCUACGGCGGUGGUGUUCGUCCCCAGCUUCCUCCCAUCGGAUACCAGCCUGCCGACAGCCAGGUCCCUGGCCCGUAUGGCGGUCCCCCGGGCGCUGGGAUGGUCUACCAGAACAAUGGACAAAUGUCCUACCCGCCCAACUACCCACACUCUCCAUACCAGAGCGGACCGGUGUACCCGCAACGUGAGUAA